AUGCCUCGUCGUGUACUACUACGAAGGGGGUACGUUUCGUUUGCCUCGUUUUAUGACACCCCGUCCCCCACAGCGCCCCUCGACCCCAAGUUGACCAGUGUGAUCGAUGAUCAUCGCUAUUCGGAGCUCCUUACCAGUCCACAGGUUUAUGACGAUCCUGAAUUCAUCAAUAAAGUCAUGCUUUACGUGCUUGACAAUUGUCCUGACAUGAAUUUGACGAUGUCAGAAUCGGACAUCGAAAUACCCUACUACCGGUUUGCGGAGAACCACCAAAUGCGACAUAUCAACGUCGAUACACCGUUUUACCACUACAUUUACCUGCACAUCCCUAAACUAUACCAAUUUUUGCGACUGGUUGAGCCAAUGAUGUUUAACAAUCGCCAGUUCCAUCAAUAUCUUGUAUGGCUUGCGUUUCACAUGGACGACUCAGCGACAAUUCAAAGACUCACGUUCAGUGGUGAUGAAUAUGACGUGGAGACUUUGGGAUACAUGGUGGCUCUGUUUAUUCAAAAUUACGAGCUCGACUUCACCAAACGCGUGGUUACUCACUGGCUAGAUAAACGCCAGCUAUCGGACCCACUGCGACUUUUGGAGGUCAUAUUUGCUGAGUUGGACUCAGUCGAUGCAUUGCUCAGUAACUACCAGUUUUUCUUUCGCCUCUGGCGCGAUAAGCAGUUGCCAAUCUCGGGUAAAGCUUUGUACUUGUUACUCCGCCAAUAUACCAAGUAUGGCAAUGCUGACCACAUGAAUGAAAUCAAAUCUUAUCUCGAUGCUUCACCUCACCGUCAUCACUACCUUGUCUCAACGGUAUUACUUCAACAUCGCAUUCGUCAACGAUCACCGAAUCAUAAAAAGCCAAUUACUGAGGAAGAUGUCAUUGAACUUGGAAAAAUAUCUGAAACAACCAGCCUGGAAGAAGAGCUCAUUGACUUGUAUUAUAAUUGGCUUAAAUUUUUCGCUGUUCAUCUGUCAUUCACAUAUAUCCAACUAGUACUUGCGGAGAUGAAGCGGCGUCACCUUACCAAGUCCCCACUUUUUGCAAAAUUCCAUCUAGUUGUGGUGCGUCAUUUUGGGAGUAAUCUCAGAUUCUUUGAUUUAUGGACGUACAUGAAGGCUUUGGUUGUCAGUAAUAAUGAGCCUUUCAGCGAGCCUUAUCUUGUGGCUUUUUUUGAAGCGUUUGUGGCAACUUAUCCUCAUUAUGUCCCUCAAUUCAAGCGCCAGUUUGACGACUGGCUUGUUGCUAACUUUGCAUCCGAGGACGUCACUCGCUUGUCGCUGAUAUUUUCGGUGACAAAGGUGGUUUCGCAGGUUACACCUUAUAAUUUGGAUAUACAGCCAUUACGAGACAAUCCAAAGAAGUAUAGCCUGGUCUAUUGGAAAGAUAUAAGUUGGUCGCGCCAGGAGGUUUUACCCAAGAAGAUUGUUAAGGAUCAGGUUAACUACAGAGCUACCAGAGGUUUCGCCGAUGUUAUCAAGAAGGGAGUGCGGGUCGACUCUCUGAUCGUAGAGGCGACAUUUCGGCGAGCUGACUUGUCUACGAGAAAUCGCAUCAUCGAGCUUUGUCGAACUAUGGAUAUGCUCCCUCGUUUGAACCCCAAGUUUGAGUUGUAUAAGGUUCAAGCAAAUCAAAACCCACGUGCUCUCCAACAGUUCAUGAAACAUAUUGAUUCUUUGGGUACCAAUGAUCGAAUCGUGUACGCCAGAAUGUUGAUGAACGCGGGUCUUGGUGAACAAUGUAAGAGUGUCCUUGCCACGUUGACUGGCUUGACUGAUCACCAAAAGAUGGUGACUUUCAUCAUUGGCUUGCGUAAUCAUAUCAAUUCAGGUGCAUAUGACGAUGCCAUCAACCAUCUACAGAGCUUUCCCCUCGAUCAUGUCGUGUUGCUGCCAUUUUUGUUCAAUCAAGGCUGUUAUAUUGAAAAACAUCUUGUGUCCAAGAUAGAACAAAAGCGUCAACAUAACAAUGUGGUUAACGACAAUUUACUCCGACUUACGUCGAUCCUUCAAGGGUUUUUGGGUGAUGUGAACCUUCGUGUUGAGCGAGAUAGCCAAGAGUUGGAAAGCAUUACUGAAGAAAUGUUGCUGUUCAUUGAAACAUGGAUGAACGGUGUUACCCCAGCAUAA